CUGCAGCCACAUCACAGAAGCAGCUACUACCAGCCAUUUGUGUGAAGUCAAAACUACAACUUGGCAUUCCCCAUCCCGACCAGAAGCUGGGGCCCGGCCUUCAGUUUGGGGCCUGAGAUCUCCCCUGCUCAUCCAGUCCAGAGUGUUUGUCCGGCUCUAUUCUGUGGACAAUCACAAUGGGAAGCAGAGGAGGGUUCGUCCUGCCUGGGCUCCUGCUCAUCCUGACUGUCCUGUGCCAUUCAGAUUAUGGCCUGAAGUGCUACAACUGUAUUAACCAGGUGUCUCAGUGCAAUUCGAGCUCCGAAUGCCCACCUGAUUUGAAUGCAUGUAUCCUCGUCCAACUGGAGUCAGAGUUACAUCACUACCGUUGUUGGACAUUCAACAAUUGCAAUUAUGACUACAUUGCGAAAACCUUACAAGAGAAGAAAUUUAAGUACAAAUGCUGCCAGGAAGACCUGUGUAACAGAAACGCUGGAACCACUGUGUCAGGGAAAACGGUUCUGCUGGUGAUCCCGCUGCUGGCAGCAGCCUGGAACCUUUGUUUCUAAAUCAAUAGCAGGAGAACUUCUCCUACACUCCCUGUUUAUGUAUAUUUCUUCUUUCCUUUGCUGCUGCAUUCCAAAGGCUUUAUAUUUUCCAACUGGAUUCUAUUGGGAAAGGCUAAAACUAGCUUGAGCAACUUGGCUAAUAGAGAGGGACUCUGAGAGACUGUGAAGACCAGUCCUAUUCAGAGAAGAUUCAUUGAUAGUAAGUUUAUUAGUGGAGCAAAUGUGAUUUGACCUAGACUACAUGCUUCUUCCUCUGCUCCUUACAGGACCAGCUGUGUAGUGACACCUUGAGUAGAUUCUCCACAAUCCUCAGUUAUUUCCCCUCUGAUUCCUUGGAUGUAGUUAAAAAGUAUGAUCAGUACCUUUCUGGGGGUGGGGCAAGGGAGUUGCUUUUCAGCAGUCUCUCCCGGAGGGAAUGCUUCCAUCCUCUUCCUUCAUGGUCCCUGUGUUGCCAUGUAGGCAUGAUGCAUGUUCCAAAUAGGGGCUGCCAGUCAAGGGCAACAAGAUUCUUAAUGCGGACUGACUGGAAUGACUCUUAUGUUCUCAACUAGAAGGUGUCUGGCAGGGAAGGAGGUAAGCUGUCCAGAUGGGAGGGGAUGGAAAUACCAGGUCUGUCUUUCAAGAGGUACCAAUGGCUAAAAUAUUACUUUUCCUCUGUCCCUAAAUUUUAUACAGGCUUUGCUGUCUUUCACUAGAAAAACUUAACAGCAUAAAUCAUUGAAGUGUUAAAACUACUACCCCCCACCUUUUUGUCUUUUUUGCUGGAAUGGAGGGAUAGCUUGGCUUUUGUCACACAAACACUGAACAUUUGAACAUUCUGUGUUACAUGUGACUUGUAGUAUUAGGUGUGCUUAUUUUAAAUAUUACUGGUAAAAAGACUUCAGAUGUGUAUCUGUUCUGUAUGAAUAUAAUGGGGAGAGCUUUUGGAUUACAAUUUAGAAUCUCCAAAUGUCACUGGAAACAGUGACAGGUUUGCAGGGGUGUAUUUUACCUGCAGGUAUCCAGCCUGUUGAUGCCUAACUGAUUUGGCACAGAUAGUGUAAAACACAUCUGUAAAGGUUGUUAUUAGCAUAAUCACAAGUGUCAAGGCUUUUGGAGGCUCUACCCAUUUCCUAAAAGGCUAUACACCUUUUCAGAAGACAGAGUUUUGCCUUUUUCUUGUGGGUGCUGGUGAUUAACAUGUUUUUAAACCCCUUGAUUAUGUAUCUGUUAAGACAAGCUAGAAUGAAUGAUGCCUUUCUGACAAUAAAAUCUGAAGAAAUG